AUGAAUUUAGCAAUUUCAUCAAGCUCAGAAGAAGAAUCCUCUUAUAAUGCUAAAGAAUAAGACAGAAUAUUAAAGAAUUCAAAUAUUUUUAAAUAGAAAGCCAACUCUCAUUUGAACUGUUUAAAGCAUCCAAAUAAAAAAGCUAAGUACUAUGCCUAAAACGAUAAGCGAACAUUCUUUUGUUCUAAAUGCGCCUUGAAUUUGGCAUUGAAGGGUCACAAAAUAGAAGAAAGUGCUGGAACAGAAUUAGAAUUCCAAAGGCAAAUGAGAAUAAAUUAAUUUUAGGAAUUGAUGAAAUAAACCUUAUUGGCUUGCAAUUCUAAAAUUAUAGACUUAAAUAACCUUUAGAUUAGUCAAAAGUAAUUGCUUGAAGAUUAAAAAACUAAUUGCAUAAAAUUUUUUGAAUAGGUAAUUGAAACAGCUCAAUAAUUAAAAUUAACAUACAUACAAAAGUUUCAACAUGAUCAUUCAAAUUUAGAAUAGAAUAUAUUAGAUUGUCAACAAGCUGUGACGAAUUAUGAGAAGCAAUUGUAGUAAUUUUAAAUUGACAUCGAAAAAAACCACACAAACAUAGUUAAAAAGAUGGAAAUGAAGCCAUUUGAUGAUAUAAUGCAGAGAUAUGAGAAGAGAGUUAGAAACAUUUAACAAUUAUUAUCAGAAAUGAAACUAGAAUCUGGAGUAAAAAUCAAUUAGUUUGAUUAAUCUUCAAUUUUAACAUUCAUGAAUAAAAUGUGCUACAAUAUAUUGUUGAAUGAUACAUCAUAAUAAUCAAUUAAAUCUAGAAGCAAUUCAAUCAAUUUUAAUAAUCCUUCGAUUGAUAUGAAAAAAAUGACGAUAUCUACCAGAGCACAUUCUCGAACACAAUUAAAGAUAGCAAUAGCUAAAAUCCACCAUCUCCAAUAUCAAAAUUGCCGAUUUAUAAAAGUAAUGGAUCUAAUCCAAUUUCAACAAUCCAGAAUUCAAGAAGAGAGAGCAACUCUAAUACCCCAGAAAGUUGGAAUCAUACCAAUAUCCAAAAUUGUGAUCAAUAAUCACAAAUACCAUAAUAGGUCAAUAGUCAUAAUGUUUAGUUUGAAUGAGUAGCCAAUUGCGAUCAAUCAAUAAUAGUAACCUAGUGAGAAGUUCAGUGUACAAGAAAUUGUCAAAUUGGAACAACCUAAAAAUUUAGAAAUAACUCCUUUGAUUCAUUAGAAAAGUUAAACGAUCUUGCCAUAAUCUAUUAAGAUUUAUAAUAGUUAAAGAAAUCAAUAUGAUUCAAACACAAUUAAUAAAUCUUAAGAUUAAAAAUAAAGAAAAAAACAGCCCUCUGUGGAUUAAAUUGAAUAGAAGAGAUUUUAUAUCCUAAAUCAGAAUUAAUAAAAGCCACAAUCACAAUAGUAAGAGGACACCUUGAAGGAUAGAAUUUUUAAAGAAUUAAGUGGACAUUCCAGUGAAUCUGUUUACAAUUAAGUAUUAAAAAUAAAUACUACAUAAUAAAAAACGAAAAAGGGAAAGGAGAACACUCAAAUUGAUUGGACAGGUAGUUUAAGAAAUAAGCAAAAUUUAUUAGCAAAAAAAUGA